GAUAUACGAACCGCGUGCGCACACACUUCCAAAGCUCACUGACACUCCAGUUCUCCAGUGAACUAAAGCUGUUUUCUCUGCUGGGAAGUGGAAUCGGAACUUCGCCGUAUGCACAGAGCCACGAGCUCACAGAGAAACAAUCAAACUAUUGUUGUAACUCCAGUACGACCUCGGCGAAAGGCGACGACAGCUCCAGUCUUUAUAUCAGAGUAGCCUACAUCAUCUGCGGAUAAAUCAAGACCAUAACAGAAUAUUAACGUUUGAUAAAGGCGAGGCUUACUGACAGGAUGACAGAAGUGAUGAACACCUGUGAUUCGACAGUGGGAGACCUCAGCAUCGAAGGCGCCUCAGGAGAAGAGGGUAUAUCCUUUCAGAUCUUUCCGGACUCCCACGAACGUUUCCACAAGCUGUCCAAACGGCUUCCCUCCAUCGUGGUGGAGCCCACUGAGAGCGGUGAAGUGGAGAGUGGCGAGCUCCGCUGGCCCCCCAAUGACCUUAGUUACCCUGAUGAAGACCCCGGAGAGGCCCAGGCAGCAGGCGAGGAUAAUCCAGCAGAGGUACAGCAAUGAUGGGAGGAGUUUAAAACUGACUCUCACAGUGCUGGCACCAUUCCAGCCACACACUGUGAGUGUCUCCAUGAUGGACAGAAGCAAGGAGGAGGGUGUUCAGGCUAAGCCCGUAAUCAACUAGAACUGCCAACUUGUUGGUAGACAACACUUGGUGGGGCUGAGCCCUGUACGAUUGUCUUAAAUAGCUCAUAGGUGCCAAACUCCAGUGAGUAGCUUGUUACUGUAGAUUCAUUUGUUGCUUGUUUUACUUUUUUAGGUUUCACAAACAACAUGUACAACAACAACAUGUACACCCCAUUCAGAGUUUGUUUAGCUGUGAUCUUUAGAUACAGUAUGCAAAAUAAAGAUAUGAACAGUUCUGUA